UCUCUCCAUAUCCAAAGCCAAAUCCGAGAAACUGAAUACAGAAAACAGGGCUCAGAAAUCCCAAACAGAUCGAGGUCAAGUAACCAAAGAAAGAGAUCUAUGUCUUCUUCUUGUUCUCCAAAACCCUUUCAAAACCCUUCCUCUCUUUACCCACAAGUUGAUCUGUCAAACCCAGAUGCUACUUCAUUCUCCUCUUCUCCGUCUCCUUCUUCUACUUCGUUAUACCCUUCCAUUGACGUGAAAGAUUUAGCAGAAAACCUCUUUCCGGAAGACGACACUGUUUUACACACCCAUCAAGAUUCUCAAGAACAACUCCUCCUCAAAAUCCCCGGCGCCAUAGUUCACCUUAUUGAACGAGAAACCAGCGUAGAGCUCGCUUGCGGUGAGUUCUGUCUUGUUAGUCUCCUCCAAGGUGAUAACGUUGUUGUUGUUUUUGCUCGUGUUGGUGAUGAUAUUCAAUGGCCUUUGGCUAAAGAUGAGCCUGUAGUUAAGCUCGAUACGUCCCACUAUUUCUUUACUCUUCGAGUACUGUCAAAUGGAUCGUUUGAAGAUGGUAAAGAUUCUAAAGAAAGCGAGGAGGUUUUGAACUAUGGCUUGACAAUAGCUGCAAAAGGGCAAGAGGGGUUGUUGAAGGAACUGGAUAGAGUGUUGGAAACUUACAGUUGUUUUUCGGUUCAAGAAGUGAAAGGUAUAGGGAAUUGGAAUGUUGUGGAUACGAGAAAUGUGGCGCCCGAGGAGUUGGACAGAGGGGACAAGAGGGAGUUGAUAGUUGGGAGUUCAAUGGCGUAUUGGACUACUUUGGCGCCUAAUGUUGAAGAUUAUAGCGGAUCUAUAGCGAGGGUGAUUGCGUCAGGGUCAGGAUACGUUGUAAAAGGGAUUUUGUGGUGCGGUGAUGUUACUGUGGAUAGGUUGAAGUGGGGCAAUGAGUUCUUGAAAAAGAGGAUGAAGCCAGGUUCAACAUCAGAGAUUAGUCCUGGGGCCUUGAGAAGGAUGAAAAGGGUUAAGAAAUUAACAAAGGUGUCCGAGAAAGUGGCCACUGGAAUUCUUUCUGGAGUAGUUAAGGUGUCUGGAUUCUUCACAAGUUCAAUUAUCAACUCCAAAGUUGGCAAGAAAUUUUUCAACCUGCUGCCUGGAGAAAUUGUUCUUGCUUCCUUGGAUGGAUUUAAUAAGGUUUGUGAUGCUGUUGAAGUAGCUGGAAGGAAUGUCAUGUCUACCACAUCAGUUGUGACAACUGGACUUGUUUCCCAGAGGUAUGGAGAAAAGGCAGGACAGGUGACAAAUGAAGGGCUUGAUGCCGCAGGACAUGCCAUCGGAACUGCUUGGGCCGUCUUCAAGAUAAGAAAGGCUCUUAACCCAAAGAGUGUUCUCAAACCCACAGCCCUUGCAAAAGCUGCUGCACAGGCAAAUGCUGCUGAUUUGAAGGCCAAAAAUAAGAAUAAAUGUUAUGAGUUCGUCAAUGUUAAGAGUCAAGCUCCUUUGCCCUGAUUUAAAUUCUGACGAUUGUUAUUCUGUACUUGAAUGUGUGAAGUUGUACAGUUAUUAAAGGGCUAUAUACCGAAGUGUAAAUGUCAAUGUGAUAUAAAGCAAUAAUGUAGCUGAAUUAAGAAUUCUUCGAAUC